AGAAGAUUCCGAGUUAUCUGCAGCAUGAUUAGUCGCCAGGCAGCUCGCUUAAGUGGCCGGUCAGUGGGCCUAUAAUACUCAUUCCCGAUCGCUGGCCUCUGAGAGCUGCGCAGUCCGGGCUUAAAACGAGAUUAGCACGAUUUUGACCGCAGUAAUGACGGCUCGCAGGCUUAGCGGGCACCUCGAGCUCAAUGUCAACGAACAAAGCAACAAAGAUCGCGCAGAUGGGGCGAGUCAGUUGAUCCUGUCAUAAUGCUGCUGCUGCGAGGCGAUUUAGCACCCGCGCGCAUAGAUCCAACGACGCUCAGUAAAAUUAGCAGCCUCGGUGCUCCGGGCGCACAGAAAAGCGCUUUGUCGAAGCCGACGAGCGAGGCAGGCCGAGGCAGGGCACUCUGGUGGACCCACGUCGGGCUCGAGCUCGCAGGUGCAGUUAUUGCCCCGUGCUUCGAAGCCUGGAGAAGGAUAAUUUAGCAUCACAGAUGGAGGCGAGGCGCUCGUACUAAAGAUGGGGGCACCCGGGAACAUGGCAUAUGCACCCGAGGGCCAAUCGCGAGCUGCGAACGUCGACUACAUGUGGCCUACUCUAGCCUCGGUCGCGUCUGCGCGCUCGUGAAUGGCUCCCACCUCUCGUCCAGUGUCGAGUCCGGGUCCGAGUCUCCUGCGUCCAUCUGGUUGAGGUUGGUGGCUCUUUAUGACGCGAACGGGAAUUCGAGCUGGGAUCCAAAAUUAGCGACGGUUUUCAAACGACCUGAUUAGUCCUCCAGAGUUUAGGUCGCAACAUUUUCCUCGCGGCAAUGUGCACUCACAUCCGCUGCCCCAAUUCGUCGAGUUUCUCGGCUUCCUGUUCGAUAUCCUCCGCUCGACGACCCCCGUCUGCACAUUAUCCCUCCACCUCCACCUCCACCUCCACCAUCUCCUCCCCUCUUGACCUCUCUGCCUCCCCUCCCUCCCUGCGAGCUCCGACAGUGCCCCUUAUUCACUGUCACUCGCUUUUCCUCGUACGAUAUCCCUCUCCUGACCUCGACCUCCCUGCGCCUGCGUAGUUACUCCCCACGCACGCCCCGGCCUCGACUGUGAAUUUCACCUCUCCGUAAUCUGCAUCCCCAUCCCAUGCCCUGCUCCUCUUCUGCUGCACCGGUCGAGGCUGAUCGCACCACGUCCCUUGGCGUCUCUGCCUAGCACGAGGAAGAGAUCAGGUCGUGGGUCUGUCAGGUUUUGCGCCGAGUGUUCCGUCGGGCUCCUCGCCUUGAGCUGCUGAUUGCUCGUCUCGAAAGUCGACCACCAUUGCUCGAUCUUUAACUCCAUGGCACCGGAAGAGUUUGCCGUUGGCCUGGUGUCAGAGGCGACGUCGAACCUGAUCCAUUACCUGAUGGAAGUCAGAUUUGCGAAGCAGCACAACAAAAUUAUCGUGCGGAAAAUUGACCUCAUCGUGACCACUCUGAACAGCAAUGUGCUGCUUUUGAAACAGAAGCUCCCCGUCAAAGUCUACGGAGACGCACUCGGCUCCCUGACAGAGAAGCUCAAGGAGGCCACGGACUUCGUGCAGUCUCGCCAGAAGCAGGGUUCGUUUCAAACGAUGUGGGACGAUCAGGAGACGGAAGAAGAGCUGGAAUCCAUGCGCCAGAGGCUCGUGUCCGCGUACCAGAUGGCAGUCUUCAUCACCAUACUUGACGUGGCCGUGGAUGGAAACCGGAGGACGAACCAAUUCCAGUACAGGAUGAUGGAACUCUCGUCUGCAUACUCCGUGGACUCCAAGGCCGUGGGUCGAGAAGUCCGAGAGCUGCUCCAACCACUGGUUAUGGGAAAGCGCAGGCAGGACGAGAAAUUGGAGGAAGUUUUCGCCCUGGUCAAGGACUUAGAGCGCAGCGAUGGGAACGAGGAUGCCGAGAGAUUCUUCAAUGUGGUGCUGCAAAACAUCGAAUCUCUGACGCACAUCCAGGAGAACGCCAUGGAUCUCGUCAUCACAGAGGACGAUGUAGACGAAUUUUACGACCCAAUCACGUGCGAGCUCAUGUGCGACCCCGUGAAGGGCAGCGAUGGCCGCACAUACGACCGAUGGACCAUUAUAGACAACGACAUUACGCAGAGCCCUUUCGACCCGAGGAACGACAGGCCCUUCUCCAUUCUGUGUGACGACAUAAACGUGCGCGGGCGUCUGUUUAAGAAAUUUCACGCCACUGGCGUCGAGACCAAAUUUCGGGAACGUCGCCAGGCAUAUCGAAACCAGGCCUUCCAGCUUGCCAAAGACGGCCACGAAGCCGAGGCUCUUGUCGCGCUGGAGAAUGUGCUCAAAUGGGCCUACAACGAUAAAGUAUGUCAAGAGCUCCGCGACGCAAUUGCUCCCAGAAUUGAACACCAAGCACCGAAACCGCAGAAGCUGACGAGCUCCGCGCACCUCGAGAAAGUCAAGCAAAGAGUUCAAUGGGAGACUCUCCAAGAUCAUCUCGUGCGCGUGGAGGAGGAUAUGACGACGAAGGGAAAACCGAUUCCUGACCAGCUGCUGGAGAGUCUCAUUCGACUGCUACCCGAGAAAGUAAUGAAAUCGGAAGGCGUGCAGUACGAUGUAGUGAGAGCCUUCGCCCUUCUGUGCCAGUACCCCGCCAACUGGAAGAAGGUAGCGUCAUAUCCCGGAGCCCUGAAGAAGCUCGUGAGUCUGCUGUCCCGGGAGGUUCCCAGGAGUCUUCUGUACGAGGCAGUCAGGGCGUUCCGAAGCUUAACCGGGGCCCAGGAUAAUCGGAUGAAGCUGGCAUCGUACCCGGGAGCUCUGGAAAAUCUCAUGCAGCUGCUGGCCGAGGGGUCGGGAGUGUCGGAGAACAUCCAAGUGCAUGUCAUUGCUGCGUUCCUGAAUUUGACAGUGGCCGAGGAGACUGGAAUAGGAAUCAUAGCGUGUCCAAGUGUGCUGGAGAGACUGGUGGACCUGCUGUCUCGAGACGUGUCGGCGAGCAUUCAAUCCGAAGCUGCCAAGGCGUUCCGGAAUCUGGCAGCAGAGCCUGAGAACAUGGCCAAAAUGGCUGCUUACCCCGGAGCCCUCCAUGGGCUGGUUAGGCUCAUGUCCAGGGAAGUUCCAGUGAGCAUCCAAUUCGAAGCGGCCACGGCAUUUUAUUACCUGACUUGGUCUGAUAACAACACAAGGGUCAAGCUUCUGGAGUUCCCGGGGGCUUUGGAAAGGCUGGUGGGUCUGCUGUCCACAGAUGUUCCUCUGAGAGUGCAGAGCGAGGCGGCCAAAGCGCUACAAAAUCUCUCCUGCACGCCCUCCAACAUCUCCAAGAUUGUUGCCCACCCGGGAGCUUUUCAGGGCUUGGUGGAAUUGCUGUCCGAGGUUGAGCAGGUGCCUGAGAGUGUGCAGCUGCCCGCAACGAUUGCUCUGGCGAACAUCGUCACGGCAGAAGACCACUACGAGAAGCUGAUAACAUUUCCGGGAGCUCUUGAAACGCUCGUGAGGUUGUUGUCUAAGGACGUCCCCGUCAGUGUGCAAACCGAGGCGGUGAAAUCUCUUCGGGCGCUCAGCUCUGCUCCCCAAAAUCUGACGAUGAUUUUUACACACCCCGGGACUCUUCCCGGCCUGGUGACCAUGCUCUCGGCCGAUGCUCUGGAAGAGGCUCAACUCUACGCAGCCACAACUUUUGCCAAUUUAGCUCUGGCCGAAAAGUACAGGGCGCCCAUUGUUUCAUUCCCCGGGUUUCUCGAGAGAAUUGUGCGGCUGUUAUCGCCAGAGGUCCCGGCCGGGCUCCAGAUCGAAGCUUCAAAGUGUCUUGUAAAUGUCUGCUUAGAGAAUGAGAAGAAUAAGGUUAAGAUAGCGAGCUUCCCUGGAGCUCUAGAAAAGUUAGUAGGAUUGUUGUCUAUAGAAGUUCCCGAGGUUCAGUUCCAAGGGGCAAGAGUUUAUGCCGUUCUUGCCACUGCGGAGAAGAAUAAGAAAAAGUUAGCCUCGUACCCGGGCGCCCUAAAAAAGCUAGAGGAGCUGUUAGCUGAAAACAUUAACGACGAGCUCCACUUCAGAGCUCAAAGAGCUUUAACCAUCCUCACCACGGAGCCUGAGAAAGCCGACAAACGGUGGUGGACGAAACUUGUAAAAUCAUAGUAAAUUGUAAGUAAAAAAAACUCCAAACGCUACACAC